AUGCUCAAAGCUAGAGAGGAGAUUGAGCAGGAGAUUUGGUGGAGAGUUCAGCAAGGAAACUCAUACUUCUGGAUGGACAAUUGGACAGGACUGGGAGCUCUUUAUCAUAUUAUUCCCCCAGAGUUUGAGUGGGACCCAACAGUUAUUCUAGUUAAAGAAGCAGCAGAGGAUGGACAGUGGAAGGUGGAUAUGCUGAAGGAAAUAUCACCUGAAGAUCUGGCAAAUCACAUUCUGGAAAAUAUUACACCUCCAGUUGAACACAAAGAGGUGGAUAGAGCUUAUUGGAAAAUGGAAGCUAGAGGAAAAUUCUCAGUGGGAUCAGCAUUUCAAUUAUUGAGACAAAGGAGGGAUCCCAGUGCUUUGUAUAAACAGAUGUGGAUUAAGGGGCUUCCUAUCAAGAUUUCAUUUUUUAUGUGGAGAUUCUGGAAAUUCAAGUUGCCUCUGGAUGACAGGCUUAAAACCUGGGGAAUUCAAUUUCCUUCAGGGUGUUUUUGUUGUCAAAAUCCAGAAAUUGAAAAUAUAUCACAUGUUUUCCUGCAUGCUACUGAUGCACAGAUUAUUUGGAAGCAUUUUUGUAGGCCAGCUGUCCCUGCAAUUAUACUUUGGGAGAUUUGGAAGAGAAGAAAUACUUUAAGGCAUGAGGGGAAAAUGUCAAAUACAAAGCUGAUUUAUCAGGUUAUGCAUACUCUGAUAUCUUUCAUGAAGGUGAGCAAAAGAAAUUUCAAGUAUGCACCAUAUAACUGGAAUUCUGUAGUGGAAUCUUUAAAUAGGUAUUCUCAACCUAUUAAAGCCACAACAGUAGUAUGGAGAUUACCUGAUAAAGGGUGGAUUAAGGUUAAUACUGAUGGUGCAUCUAGAGGGAACCCUGGAAGAAGCUCUUGGGGAUUUUGUGUGAGAAAUGAAAGAGGUGAUAUUCUGCGUGCACAGGCUCAGGAACUAGUGGAUUCAUGGAGUACUAAUACUCAGGCUGAGGCUAUGGCUAUUCUUAAGGCUCUUAAGUAUUUGGAUGAUAAUCAGAUGGAUAAAUUUAUUAUUCAGAGAACUUGGGAAGUACCUUGGCAAAUUUUUACUACAAUGGAAGAAAUAUGGAACCUUAUGGAAGGAAAGACAGUGGUGGUGGAACAUAUUUUUAGGGAAGGCAAUAAGGUAGCUGAUCAUCUAGCUAACCUUGCUUUGGACAAAGGUGAUUUUGUAGCCACCAAUUUCAUGGAAAUGGAUAUCCAGGGAAGGAAGUUGGUGAACAGUGAUAAGAUGGAAAUUCUAUACAUCAAAAUCAGGAAAUGCAAGCAACACCUUAUGAUAGGAAGAGAAUGGAGAAGAUUUAGAGGAGAUCCAUAUAUUCAAACCCUCUGGGGGAAGAAUAUAGAGGAUCUAUUCUUUGCUAACAGUGUGUUCUUUGAUGCAGGUAGAGCAGGUGACAAAUAA